CUUGCACAGACAAAGAACUGAGGAAUCUCGCUUCGCGACUAAAAGACUGGUUUGGUGCUCUUCACGAGGAUGCAAAUCGUGUCAUCAAACCAACGAGCCCGGAGACGGCACAAGGCAGAUUUGACACCAGCAUACUGCCAAUCUGCAAGGACUCCCUAGGCUGGAUGUUCAACAAACUUGACAUGAACUAUGACCUGCUGCUGGAUCCCUCGGAGAUCAGUGCCAUUUACCUGGAUAAGUACGAGCCAUGCGUCAAGCCUCUCUUCAACUCCUGCGACUCCUUCAAGGACGGGAAGCUCUCCAACAACGAGUGGUGCUACUGCUUCCAGAAGCCGGGCGGUCUUCCUUGCCAGAACGAAAUGAAUAGAAUUCAAAAGCUAAGUAGAGGGAAGAGUCUGUUGGGUACUUUCAUCCCACGGUGCAACGAAGAAGGUUAUUACAAAGCCACUCAGUGCCAUGGCAGCACAGGGCAGUGCUGGUGCGUUGAUAAGUAUGGGAAUGAGAUACCCGGCUCAAGAAAGCAAGGGACAGUCAGUUGUGAAGAAGAGCAAGAAACCUCAGGGGAUUUUGGCAGUGGUGGAUCUGUUGUAUUGUUGGAUGAUUUGGAAGAGGAACCUGAAGCAGCAAAAAAAGACAAAGAAGGGAAACUGAAGAUUCAUGUAAGAGCAGCUAAUGAGGAUGAUGAAGACGAAGAUGAUGAUAAGGAUGAUGAAAUUGGUUAUAUAUGGUAGUGCCCAUCAUACUGAGGACUCACAUUUUGCACAAUAUUGCAAGUCACAUCAUAUCUCUGCAAUUGUAUCUUGAAAGUACCUGGCACAAAUAUUCCCUCUCUACUGAGUUUAAUUUUGUAUAGUCUAUUUAAUUUGGAAGAAAACCUUUUUUUUUUUUUCUUCCCCCAGCAAGGACUGUUUGGAAUACAGCUUUUGUUCAGUUGGUUUGAGGGAUUUUUGUUCUCUCCACAGGGGCAAUGAGUUUUGUUUCACUGACAUUACAUGUCUGAAUCCUCACUUGAACAACUUAUGAAAUAUAUC